AUGAGCUCUGUGUUUGAAGUGGUGUUUAGGUCUGGUCUUGCUCCUAAACUUGUAAGUGGUGCUGUUGAUGUGAACUCUGGGAUGCUUCUUGUGUGUCUGCUUUUUCACAGGACAUACUUGAAACAUGAAGAGCUCCAGGAACCUCUUCCAAACACAGAUAAUCCAUGGCUGAAGUUUGUCAAUUCUAGUCAGCUGUUGCAAGAAAGCCCAGUGCUGUUCAAAGCGCAAGUCAGACAGUCCUUGGUCCAGGUGGAAGAUAAUCUAAGAACUGCGAUAAAUGUUGCUCUUACUAAACCCUCUAGUGCAAUCGGGCAAUCUUUACAAUGCAGUGGAUCUUCUUAUCUGUUCACAUAUCAAAAUAUGGAUGAAAAAGAAGAAAAAAAUAAACUACUCAAACCAAAGUUUACACACUUCACUGUUUGCAAUCAGCAAGCUUACCAGUAUGUGGUGUUUACAGCAUCUUGCUCACCAUCAGAUUAUCUAUACCUUGUCAGACAAAAAACACAUGCAGGAUCUGAUGGAGCUGACAUUUCUAUUGUGAAACUUAAGUUUGGUUGUCUAGGCACAACUAACAGGGAAGAAAGUGGUAGGGAUGACAGUUGUGAUACCCAUAAAAUACUAGAUGUUGCCUUCUACAAUCAAGAAAAACUGUCUGUACUACUGCUAGAGGACCAGCUGGAUGGGUUGCCUGUGUUGGCACAAGUUUCAAUUUCCAACAUAGAAGAUGACCAGUUUAAUCUGGUGCCAAAUGGACAAGAGGAUUGUUUCACACAGAGAGAUAUACAUUGUAUUGAUGCUGGACCCCCCAUGGAGCCUAUGUACUACAGAAGACUGGAGAACAUGAAGGCAUACUCUUUUGCUGUUAGUGGCACCAGACAUGUUGCCUGUGUGUUAUUUUCCUCACGUCGACGUGUCCGCCUGUUUUUGAUGGAUGCUGAAGAUGAUGAAGACGAGGAUGAUACAGAGCUGAGCAUUCAAAGCACACAGGACAUAAGUACUAUUAGCAGAGACACUACGGAGGAAGAUGACAAAGAAAAUACUGACACAUCUGGAAUGGACGGUUGAGAUCAUUACUAUAUAUAUAUAUAUAUAUAUAUAUAUAUAUAUAUAUAUAUAUAUAUAUAUAUAUCAGUAUUCAGAGCACACAAGUCAUUAGUACUGUGGACUGAGAUGCUAUGGGGAAGAUGACAAGAAAAAUGCUGACACAUCUGGAGUGAAGGGAUGAUACUGGGUUAUGACAGCUGGUUAGAUAUUGCGUCAUUCAGUCAUUCUUAUGACUAAUUUGCAGUGGCAUUUAUUUUUUUCUUUUUGAAUCAAUUUGAAUUGAUAUCAACAUCUUUAUGGAACUUGGACUUUUCUCAAUACUUUUACAUCUUUACUGCUGUUAUUUGGAUGUCAUGUAUAAAAUUUGU